AUGCACAGCGCUCUAGACACCCCCGAAAUCCUAGAGAUGGUCCUGGCGCAGCUGGACAUGCGCACCCUCCUAACAUCCGCCCAACGAGUAUGCCACAGCUGGGCAAGCCUGGCAGCACAGUCACCUGUCCUCCAAAGGGCCCUCUUCUUCACCCCCAUCAAGGACGCCAAUGAGUGGGGGAUGAACGAGAAGAUGCUGAACCCGCUAUUAACGGAGGCGUUCCCCUCCAUCUUCCCCGACCCUCCCAAGGACGAGGACGACAAAGAGAAGAGAUUCAACUUCCGCUUCUCUGACCUACCCAUUGCCACGCUUGAAGGCGAGGCUCGGGCCCGCUUCAUCCGGCCCGAUGCAUCCUGGCGCAGGAUGCUAGUCUCCCAGCCGCCCAUGCAGGAUAUCAGCCUCAUGCAUCUCCGGCAUGGUAUGGGCGGCGAUAGCGCCGAGUGCUGGCGUGUGCCGGCGGACACGACCCACGCCGGCCUCCGCAUGGAGCGCCUCUUCGAGGUCCUCCUCUUCCACAACCCAAUCCGCGACAGGGUCUCGACCAAGUCCCGGGUGUAUUGGGUAACAGGAGACGGGGGUGAAAGGGCAGUCGCGUUCGACGAGGGUCACCGCCAACGGAACAUCAAAGAGCGGUUCUAUGCGCUUCUGCGCCAGAGCGGUGUUGUUGUUUAUACGCGUGAGACGGUGCAGUGCUGUGAGGAGGGAGAGAGCGAUUAA